UUACUAACAAAAGAAAAAGAAGAGCAAACUCUUGUGUUUAUAAUACCGAAACUGUACUGCGUACAUCGCACAUUACCUUGAUAUUUUUACUUAUCCGUGACAAUAUAAUAAAUAUGACUCUUUUAUUGAUAUGGACGAAAUCUCCCGCCUAUCAAAUUUAGAUGUUACCACCUAAUUUUAGGCAAAAUAACUACAUGGAAGAGUCAUUUACUAGCCAACUCGGUCAGAAAGUAGGAAGACCAAUUAAUUAGAAACAAUGGAAUAUGCUGAGAAUUUCUUUUUUUCACCUAUGCAAAGUACUCUUUAGUUAUACUUUCCCUAGCCGUGACUUCAUCAUGCAAAGCAUAUGCUCUCUAAUUAUUCUAAUCUUUCACUAACCCCUUAUAUAUAAAACCUUCCUCAUGUUUUGAUCCUGCAUCACAUUCUAAUCUUUCACCCAAUUUUUUAAUACACAACGCCCAAUUUUAUACUAUUUACUUUUCAAGAAAUCUCCUUUUUGGACACUUCCAUAGGUUUUUCCUUCUCAAAAUUUCUGGGAAGUUCGUGAUGAAGUUUGGGAAGAGACUUAAGCAGCAGAUUGAGGAAACCUUGCCAGGAUGGAAAGACAAGUAUUUGUCGUACAAGGAUUUGAAGAGGCUGGUGAGACUGAUUUCAUCGGCGCCAACAACGAUGUUGAAUGAAUCAUUUGAGUAUGGAAAAGCAAAGGAAGAGUUUGUGGUGUUGCUGAACAAUGAGAUCGACAAGUUCAACGCAUUUUUCAUGGAACAAGAAGAAGAUUUCAUCAUCCGCCACAAGGAAUUGCAGCAGAGGAUCCAAAAGAUGAUUGUUGAGACAAGAUAUGUUCCGCCAUCAUCAAUAGGGUUGGAUCACACUGAAGAAAUGAGAGAAAUCAGAAAAGACAUUGUGGAUUUCCAUGGCGAAAUGGUGCUCCUCAUCAACUAUAGCAACAUUAAUUAUACUGGGUUGGCUAAGAUACUGAAGAAAUAUGACAAAAGAACUGGAGGAUUGCUUCGACUGCUGUUCAUCCAAAAGGUAAUCGAGCAGCCAUUCUUCACGACGGAUCUCAUUUCAAAGCUAAUCAGAGAAUGUGAAACGGCCAUAGAUUUGUUAUUCCCAGUGGCCCAAGAAGAUGGAACUCAUCUGGCCAGACCAAGAAAUACAGCUUUAACCAUAGCCAGCGAAGGGAUUUUUCGCAACACGGUGGCGGCCCUGAUGACCAUGCAAGAAAUCAGAAGAGGCAGUUCUACCUAUGGCCAUUUUUCAUUGCCUCCUCUCAACUUGCCAGAUUCUGAUAUCAUUCAAUCUCUGCAACUUACUUCACCUAUACUCAUUCCUUGAGAUAUUUCUAGCGAAUUAGGUGAUCACGUAAUUAAGCUAUUGUUACUACUCUCCCAGUCCCAAAAUGAUCAAUCUUUUGUAUUAGUCUUUUACUAUUGUAUGAACUAUCUGCUGCUCAUUUAACCUUUGCUAAAACCAUCAUUUUGUUAUCAUAUCAACCUGCCCAAACAUCUACGGAUUGGCUAAAUUCCGACAUAGUAAUAACCAAAACUUGACAAAAAUCUAGCAGGUUGACUAAGUAGGAUAAAACAAAGCUAAUACAGUAGCAAUAAACAUAAUUAUCAAGUUUAAUUUAUGUCUAAAGAAAGGAAAACACAGAAGUACUGAUAAGAGGCUGAGAGCCUUAAAUUAAGAUAAGAGAUCAAAAAAACUUGAAAGAGUAAUAACAACUCUGCUACCUAAGAAAGCCUCUGAGCUUGUUCCUUGGCAAGAAUCUUCUCCUUAGCCUUGGUCUUAGCUUGGGAUUUUGAUCCCAUGAUUCCACCUCCCCACUUCUUCCUGUUUUCCUCGAACUUGUCAUUGAAGUUGGCCUUAAUUCCCUCCAAGAUCCUGCUGAACUCCAAUUUAUCCUCAUUCUUAACAGAGGUCAAGCAAAGAACCGACGCAGUCUUCUUGUGAACAAUGCUGCCCAACCUAGCUUUCCCCUUCACGAUACAGUAUGGGAUUUCCAUCUUCCUGCACAACGCCGGAAGCCAAACAACCAACUCAAUCGGAUCAACAUCAUGAGCAAUAACCACCAGCUGCGCCUUGUUCUGCUCCACAAGAUAAGUAACAUGUUUCAACCCAUAUUUGACCACAAUCGGCUUCUUAGCAUCAGACCCAGAAGAAGUUUUCCCUUCAGCCUCAGCUUGUGCCCUCUUGAGAAGCCGUUCCUUCUUCGCAGCCCUGUCCUCCGGCCGGUACUUAAGCAGCAUCUUAAACAGAUUGGUGGCGAGGUUUUUGUCUAGGGUUUUAGAGAACUGGUUGAGAGACGGCGGGACCUUGAGACGCUGCCUGAGAACCCGCUUCUUCCUCUGAAUCCUCACGCUCAGCGGCCAUUUCACGAACCUUGUCAGAUCCCUCUUCGGGGGCAAGGCUCCUCCGAUCCCGAACUGCUUCGGCCUUUUCUCGAACAAUGGAUUCACCACCUUCUCGGUCUUCUUCUUGGCCACGGCAGACGGUGCCUUCACUCCCCUCUUUGGUGCCAUUGAUUUCGCCGGCGCUAACUCUCAGUAUGCUGCAACUCUGAAUGGAAACGGCCGUAAAAGAAGAUGACCUAAAUUAAAGGUGGAAAUGUGGAAGGGUUUUUAUAUAUG